GCCGAGCCAAGCCAACAGAGCCAACCAGCCCGAGUGAUACAUCGAUAAAUCGACUCGACUCGACCAUCGCGAGUUCGAGUUCGCGGCGUGCGUGCGUGUGUGUCAGUUUUCAGUUUGCUGCCGCCGUCGUACGGGUGUACAAGUGUCCGAUCGCAUUUCCAUUCCGAGCGAGUUGCGGCUUUCUCUUCGCGAAUUUCCGAAUUAAAAAAAUUCCCACUCGUAAUAUGAACUCGAUCGAAACGCUCCUGGAAGCCGCCGAGUACAUAGCCCGAAGAGAAAGAGAAGCGGAGCACGGGUACGCUUCGACGUUGCGUUUUCCAGAUGAUCUCAGAAGUGUGUCGAAAAGGCCAAAAACGAAAAAAUCUCAGGGAAACAGGACAUCUCAUAACGAACUGGAAAAGAAUAGGCGAGCGCAUCUGCGAAACUGCUUAGAAAAACUUAAAGAUAUAGUACCUCUGGGACCCGAGGCAUCUAGGCAUACGACGUUAGGACUAUUAACAAAAGCAAAGAGGUUUAUAAAAAAUCUCGAAGACAAAGAAAGGAAGCACUCAGUGUAUAAAGAGCAGUUAUGUAGAGAACAAAGGUUUCUUAGGAGAAGGUUAGAACAACUGUCUAUAGACUUCGCCAUGUCGAAAAGGCGUUCCGUAUCGGAAUGUUCCUCAUCGACGAUAUCUAGCAGUUAUUCGACGACGUCGCUGUCUUCGGCUCCCUCGCCAAUUUCGGAAUCGGACGAAGUCGACGUGAUCGGCUACACCAGCACCCAGAGCGACACGGACGACCAUUCCAGCGUCCAAUCGGCGUCCAGUGAUAGCGGCGUCGUCAUGUCCACUUGCCGCUUGACCCUGUCGGAAAUGGAGGUCAUGUAGGUGUCAGACGGGCCGCCCGGAUCCGAAACACGACGACAACCAACUACAAGCAUGAGGAAGUGGACUCGUCCCAAGCCAGUACGGCCCGUCUCGAGGACCUCCCGGUCCGCGAAGAGCGACCGCCUUAGGGACCCGGCCCACACCAUUUUUCGGGGCGCGUCCACCCUAGUCAACGAAAAACAGUCUGUCUUCUCUAGUCCAGCCAUUGUGUGACUGACUGACUAUUUUUUUUGUGGGCGGGCGAUUCGUUGUUAGCGGAAAAUGUACAAAAUUUUCGGAAAGUUUAACUGUGUAAUUCAAUUACAAAAUGUACUUAUUUUAGGUUUUUUUUUUAAUUAUUUUAUCUGAUGUUAUAAACAUACGCGCGUAGAAUAUUGCAAAUAUUUUAAAAUUACAGUGCACGAGGAAUAGCUGUAGAAGUGACCUGCGCGACAUUCAAACUAUCGCGCAUCGUACUCCCACAUCUUCAGCUAUUCAUAACGUACUGUACCUAAUUGAAAAAAUUUACUGAAUUUAUUGGAUUGUUAUCUACAGUUCAGAAAUAUUUCAACCGUACUACAAUUCGAUUUCCCAAAAUUUUGUACAUUUUUCCCAUCUUUGGUUCACAUAAUGUCUGUGCUAAUUCGGAUUAUUAUCAUUGUAUUUCACCUUUAUAAAUUAUUUACAUGUAUAUUGUACAUAUUUUCGAACCUGAAAGCAGAUUAUUAUGAUAAUAUGUAUUAAAUGAGGUGACUGACUGCCCUGAGGACCGCGACGCAAAACUUCUCUCACGUCUAAUUUCACCCUUAUACAGCGCGUCCGGUUGCAAAAGGAUGCCUUACAAAAUGCUUCCUUUUCCCGAGCGGACGUUCCGUAUAAAUUCGGUGUGUCCUUGCUAAAUUAAUUCGAAAUUUUCAGUUUUCCAUUCCACAAUGGCUGUUAUUAAAGUACCAACAUUUUCUCAGACGGGACACAUCGUUUCUUCAGCUGAAUUUUUUUAGUCGCUAUUUUCUUGAGGUUUUGUAUAGAUCGCCAGUGAAGACGGUAAAAGUGAUUUUAAUGUAGUUUUACUUGAAUUUUCGUAUUAUGAUUAAACUGCUUUUGCUCAAAGUUUCGAGUUAUACAGGGUGAAUCGCGGAACUGGAGAUACUACGUAUGGCAAUUGAGUCAAACAUCCAUUGUAAAAAUAUUGCUGGUUAAAGACAUACUGUGUAAAAAUCUUAGGCAACAGAUUUAGAAAUAUUUGACUCAAUGAUCAUAUUACUUUAAGUCUGUAUAGGUCUCGUUCUUAAUGAAUCACCCUGUAUAUCUUUCAAUCAAUUCGAAACUAAUGCAAACGCAGUAUAAUAUCACUGUACCUGCUUAUCUUUAAAGAUUUAUUUUUAUAAUUAUUUCACGAAUGAAUUAAACUCUUCUUUCCCUGUACAUUACGAUUUCGUUGUAUUCUUUUUUGUCUUUCGUGUAUACAAUGAAUUUUAUUUAUCUACUACCUCUCGGAAAAUAGGUGGAUUUUUCUCGUCGAAAGCGGUGUUUUGUAAAUAUCCUUAUGAAUUAUAUGUACAUGCUUUUUACAUAUAUGAAAAUGACAAUAACGUAAAGAUUAAUUAGUGAAAAUAUUAAAUGUACCAAAUUUACUUGUAUCGUAAUUUGUAAUUAUCUAAGGAUCAUUUUAAAGGCGCGUUGACAUUGCGUUCGUUUGCAAAGACAUAUUUUUUUAAUAAGUAGGUUAUCGUUAAAUGUUAAAUGGAUUAAAAGAGUACAGAGAUAAAUUCAAAUUCAACCGAUGUCUUUCCAGUGUGCAAAAUAAUAAGUUUUGUAUGCUACUUAUAAAUUAAAACCUUAUUCGUGCCAAAAUGCGGGCUGAGCCUUCACUCAUCUAAAAUUACUUCAUUCAUCAUCUUUUAAUUUUACUUUUUAGAUUAAUUUUUGUCUAUAAUUAUAUAUUUUUCAAUCCCUCAGAUCUCGAGUUAUUUCAAAAAAAGUCAUAUUGAAGGUGUCACUUUGUUGACUCUCCCGUACAUUUUUUCAAUAUAAUUUUCACCAACAAAAUGAAAAAAAAAUAGAAAAAUAAAGCUUCUUAUCUGGUCUAUUCGCAAUUCAUGCUGGUUUAUGAAUAAGCUGAGACCAUAAAAAAACUAAUAAGUACUUCAAGUCAAAAGACCAAGACAGGUGGAAGAAACUUUUAAAGGCUUUCCUGAAGAAGCGGAUUAUUGAAGGAAAAGGAUGAUAGGACCUAUUUAGAAAUUUUAUAUAUUAAACACAAUGCAUUAUUUUAAAACGAACCAUCUUUUAGAGUUUGGUUAUUAAAUUAAAUUUAAUUCUUGUUAUUAAUUUUUUUAUUGUUACCAAUUUCAAAAUCAUCUACUGCAGUAAAACAAACAUUUAUAGUGAUAACGAAUAAGGUUUUCUUUUAAUAAAUCUAUUAUAAAUAAGUAUUAUCUUCUACAACAAAAGUAAUAAUACUUGAAGACGCGAAUCCAAAUCAUUAAAAAAUAUGAUAAAAGAAGUUAUCACUUAGCAAACAAUAAUUAAAAUCCAAAAAGCCUUUUUAUAAGUAUUUACAUUUCGUUUAUUUGUUCCGCCUAAAAAAAUCCAUCUAUUUCUCUUCACAAAAAAAAAUUCUAGAAGAUAAAUGUAACUUCCCUAACUAACAAAUAAUUUAAAUCUAACGAUAUGCAUAAAAUAACAUUCAACGGGCAAUAUUAACAAAUUUAUGAUUUUUGUAGACGGCAUAAAGGGCUAAAAAAUACAGGGUGUCCCAAUGAAAAGUAGCUCCUUUAGUGAGCUAAUAAUGUUUAAACGCCUAAUCAUAAAAGCAUGCGGUUUUCGCAGACAUAUUUUAUUUUGACAACACACAAAUUUUUAUUGUGACACAAAAAUUUUGUAUCGCCUAUACAAAUUUUACGAAAUAGGACAUCUUCUCUUGUUUUCUUUCCAUUUAAAAAAAUGGUUACUGUGAAUUUAAAAGAGGAGAUUUUGAUAAAACACCCAGUGUUGGUAAUGCAUAAUUUCUGUAUCACUGUAACAAAACUUAUAAUAAAGUAAAACAUAUCUGAGAAAACCGCAUGUUUUUAUUAUUAGGCGUUUAAAAAUUAUAAGUUCAUUAAAGGAGCUACUUUUCAUUGGGACACCCUG